GGAUUAACAUGGCGUCUAUGGUUGCUGUGUUGAUCGGGGCCGUGGAUGAGAAAAACAAUAUACUGAACAGGAAGAUAAAUACGGUCUAGGUCCAUUUUCAGCUAAAAACCUGCAUAUUACAGUUUUCGUUGGACUAGCUGCCUCACUAGACCCUGAUCAUCCUCAAUACAGAGUAGCAGUUAGAGUGGGAGAGGACAGGAUCGAGGCAUGGAGGAAUCAAAAAGCCCAUUAAAAUCAGUCAAGCCCUCUCGCAAUGAGGCAAAGGGAGCCAAAGCUUCAUCCUCUGCCAGCUCCAGGCCCCUGAAAGAGGCUCCAGCACAGAGAGAGUGCCCCAAGCCUGCCACUGCCUGUCGGAGCAAGGAGAACAUCACCACAGCCAGGGAAGACCAUAAGGACCAAGGCAGUAACUGUGGGACAGGCACAGGCAUAGCCUCUACUGCCAGCCCUCAGGGCCCAGGGAGAGGGAAGCCUCGUAGGCCAACUGGUAGGACCAACUCUGGGGAGAGGGGGAAGGUGAGACUUGAAGGCCAGCGGCAGCAGAGGGGUGAUGCUAGGCCCUCGUUGGUUACAGGACGCAGCCCUGCUGGUGUAGGUGGAGACAGAGACACAGGAGCCACAGGUAUGGUGGCCACUUCAUCUGAAGAAGGCCUUACUUUACAGACCAAGACAAGUCCAUUGAAGGAGAAGUCACCGGGUGAGAAGGCUGGUGCUGUGAUGGGCACAGGGCAGCCUGCAUUGGAGGUCACUGUGGUGGGGUCAGGGGUCAACGAGCGUGGUCAGGGUAGAAACAUGACCUCUGAGCAGAAGCUGGGUCUCAGACAGGCUGAGGAGCGCCUCUACAGAGACUACAUACACAGACUGGUCAAGCCGUCUCCUGAAUACCCUAACUUCCAGUAUCUAUGCAAGCUGUGUUCUGUACACAUUGAGAACAUACAGGGGGCACACAAACACAUCAAGGAGAAAAGACACAAGAAGAACAUCAUGGAUAAGCAGGAAGAGAAUGAGCUGCGGGCGCUGCCUGCCCCCUUCCCAGCCCAGCUCAGAGCCGUUGACGCAGCCGUACUCCGGGCGGCCAACCAACACGGCAUCUCAGACCAGGACUUCCUGGUGCGACAGGAAGUGGUCGACAGGAUGGAGGAGAUCAUCAGGCAGCACCUCUCAGUUUGCUCCCUUCGGCUCUACGGCUCCUGUCUCACCCGAUUUGCCUUCAAGACAAGUGACAUUAACAUUGACGUCACCUACCCCUCCACUAUGACCCAACCAGAUGUGCUGAUACUAGUACUGGAAAUCCUGAAGAACAGCACUGAAUAUUCUGAGGUGGAGUCUGACUUUCACGCCAAAGUUCCGGUAGUGUUUUGCAGAGAUGUCAACAGUAGGUUGUUGUGCACGGUGAGUGCAGGUAAUGACGUAGCCUGCCUCACCACCAACCACCUGGCUGCCCUGGCUAGACUGGAACCCAGACUGGUGCCUCUGGUCCUGGCCUUCCGCCUCUGGGCUAAGUUGUGCCACAUUGACUGCCAGGCGGAAGGGGGUAUCCCCUCCUACUCCUUCUCUCUCAUGGUCAUCUUCUUCCUCCAGCAACGCAGGGAGCCCAUCCUCCCUGUCUACUUCGGCUACUGGAUUGAAGGCUUUGACGUGAAGCAUGUGGACGAGUAUCAUCUGACGGGGAUAGAGAUGGAUAUAUUUGUAGGGUGGGAGCACAGAUCCCCCAGUACGGAGGGACGGGGGGACGGCAGGGGGGAAGGACGGAAGGCCAAGUCUGAGCAAAAGAAACCUGAUGUGAAGAACCGGCAUGUAGCGGGAAAGACGCGUCUAUCCCUGGACCUGGGUAAGGGUGUUUCCCUGGGCCAGCUGUGGCUGGAGCUGCUGAGGUUCUACACGCUGGAGUUUGCCCUGGAGGAACACAUCAUCAGUAUCCGCCUCAAAGAACUUCUCUCGAGAGAGAUGAAGAACUGGCCCCGACGCAGGCUGGCAAUCGAGGAUCCGUUUGCCCUGAAGAGGAACGUCGCACGCAGCCUCAACAGUCAAAUGGUCUUUGAGUACAUCCAGGAGCGCUUCCGCACCGCCUACAAAUACUUUGCCUGCCCGCAGAGCAAGGACCGAAACACCGUGGAGCAGCAGAGAGGCAAGAAUACAACCAAACAUGGGGGCAUGAAGCAGGAGGAAGGCGAAAGAAAGGGUGGAGAAGAUGCGUCUGAGAAGAGUGGAGGUGGACAGGGCGAUGGGAAUGAAGGGAAAAGUCAGAGCUCUGAGACGGGUCAGAAGGAGGAUGGUGAGAGUGAUGAAGAGGAACGGGCUGAGCGGACUCCGGAGAAGGAGGAGAGGGCAUUGAAUGGCGGGAUUAUGGACUUGGUCCUUAGUGCGGGGGGGACUUCUACGGAUGGGGCUGUAGCGGAGCCUGGCACCACUCUGGAGCCUUCCUCUGCCUCAACCCAUAACGGCCUACUGGAUCGGGAUGAAGAGGAGGAAAACCAUGUGUCAGAGAAGCAGGGACACAUUGCACCAGAGGACCUGCACUAUAUCUUUGACAGAAUGAUCUUCACUGGCGGAAAGCCUCCUACAGUCGUGUGCAGCACAUGUAAGAGAGAUGGCCAUCUGAAGGACGAGUGUCCUGAGGACUUCAAGAAGAUCGAGCUCAAACCGCUGCCCCCCAUGACCGACCGCUUCAGAGACAUCCUGGAUGGCCUUUGUAGACUCUGCUACCAUGAGCUGUCCCCUUCCCCUGGAGAGCAGCAGAAGAGAGAGCAGAUCCUGGGUAGUCUGGAGAGGUUCAUACAAAAGGAGUACAAUGACAAUGCCCAGCUGUGUUUGUUUGGCUCCUCGAAGAACGGCUUUGGUUUCCGAGACAGCGACCUGGACAUCUGUAUGACCCUGGAGGGCCAUGAUACAGCAGAGAAGUUGAACUGCAAAGAGAUCAUUGAAGGCCUAGCCAAGGUGCUAAAGAAACACACAGGUCUGAGGAACAUCCUGCCUAUCACAACAGCCAAAGUGCCUAUUGUGAAGUUUGAACACAGACAGAGCGGACUGGAGGCAGACAUAAGCCUCUACAACACUCUGGCUCAACACAACACCAGAAUGCUGGCUACCUACGCUGCCCUAGACCCUCGUGUGCAGUUCCUGGGAUACACCAUGAAGGUGUUUGCGAAGCGCUGUGACAUAGGUGACGCGUCCAGAGGAAGUCUGUCAUCCUAUGCCUACAUCCUCAUGGUGCUCUACUUCCUGCAGCAGAGACAGCCCCCUGUCAUCCCUGUUCUCCAAGAGGUCUUUGAUGGACAAUCUGUACCGCAGAGGAUGGUGGAUGGUUGGAAUGCCUUCUUCUUUGAUGACAUUGAGGAACUACGUCAGCGUCUGCCAGAGCUUCCGCAGAACCGUGAGACUGUGGGUGAGCUGUGGCUGGGCCUGCUCAGGUUCUACACGGAAGAGUUUGACUUUAAGGAGCUCGUCAUCAGCAUCCGCCAGAGGAAACGACUCACCACCUUCGAGAAGCAGUGGACCUCCAAGUGCAUCGCCAUCGAAGAUCCCUUCGACUUGAAUCACAAUCUUGGUGCUGGAGUUUCUCGCAAAAUGACUAACUUCAUCAUGAAGGCCUUUAUCAACGGCAGGAAGCUGUUUGGUACUCCUUUCUACCCCCAGCCUGGCAUAGAGGCGAACUACUUCUUUGACUCCAAGGUGCUCACGGACGGGGAACUUGCACCUAAUGACAGGUGCUGUCGGAUCUGUGGCAAGAUCGGUCAUUACAUGAAGGACUGCCCCAAAAGACGCAGGUACACAGGGAGAGAACAUCAGGGGAUGAAGAAGAAGGAGAACGAAAAAGAGGAGGAUGUCAAGGAUGUAGACGAUCAUGAGCCACGGGAGCGUCGCUGUUUCCAGUGUGGUGAAAUUGGUCAUGUACGGCGGGACUGCCCAGAGCACCGCCACCUUAGACAGAAAGCUGCAGGGGGACCAGUUUCCCACAUAGUGCGAGCCAUGGUAAGCUCCCAGUCCAUCCCCAUCCCCCAACCUCCCCAGGACCUCCCUGGACGCACCAGACAACCUUCCGAAUGUUCUGAUUCCCGCCAGACUCCGCCCUAUUCCCCUCAGCCCACCCUGUUCUCCCAGGGUUCGAGCCAAUCCUCCAGCUCCCCCCAGCCCUCCUCUUCCAAGACCUCCACCUCCGCUGGAGGGGUACCCCACAAGCAGCCCCAACAUCCCCAGGUUCCCCUCUCUCUCUUUAGCUUCCCUCCCACCCACACAAGCCAGUACCACCACCCUGGAGCUCUCACUGCUCUGGGGCUACUGCCGUCCCACCACAACCAGCACCAAUCACACCUGUCCCAGGGACACCAGGCCCAUCACCAACCUCACCACCCCUCCACCUCCUGGCCCAUCCACGGCCCCGUCCUCCAGACCUCCAGUGGCCCCGAAGGGCCCUCCCCGCCCGGCCUAAAAUUCCCCUUACGCCAGGCCCCCGGGCAAGGGAAUGGGAACACAGGCCCAGGGGGGUCUCCGGUGGGUGGCAGCCCCAUGAACCUCAAUGACCCCAGCAUCAUCUUCGCCCAGCCGGCGGGGAGGCCCAUGGGCUUGGGAGGAGGGCCGGGACUGGAUGGGCACUGGCACAACCACCUGGCACAGCAAGGGGCACUGGUGGCUAAUGGCACUGUGGGCAAGUCAGAUCCGGGCUACCAGACCCAGUUUGGGGGGGUGAGUCAGCAGGGCUCUAGGAAUUGGGAGCACAGCAACGCAGCCCACUACUCCCAGUCCCCGUCCUGGCCCUACCGCAUGCCACAGAAAUUCAUCCAGCAGGGCAACGGGUGCUACCCACAACCCGGCAAGCCUGUCAUGUCCCAAAGUUCUGUGGUGCACCCCAGUCAGCAUUUCCCGCUCCUCCCCCACGGACGACGACAUGUCAACCUCAAUUAUAUCCAACAGAAGAAAUGAACUUUGAAUUCUAAACUCUGCUCCCAUAGCAUAUCCAUUCAAUUAGGUUUUAUGGUCCUUCACCCUGACAAAACAAAAACGAUAUAAUUGAAAAUUUGCAUCAUUUGGUCACACUACUUUUUAAAUGAAUUUGAUCAUUUUUGUAAAUUUUUUACAUUUUUCCUUUGGUCUACUUACAUUGAUUUGUGAUACAAAUGUCAUAUUUUAAUACCCCCAUUUUUGAAGGGGUCCAAAAAUUGUUUAUUUUAUUGUGUAAAGGAAGUAGGUAAAAUAUUAGCUGUACUCAUACUUUGCUUGCUUAAGGAUAAAAGCUUAAAAAAAAAUAUAUAUAUAUAUAUAUAUAUAAUGCCCACCCCUAUCAGAUAGUUAGAGUGCCUUUAGAAAGUAUUCAUACACCCUGACUUAUUCCACAAUGACAGCCUGAAUUGAAAAUGGAUUCAAUUGUUACAAUUCACUCUGUGAAUUACACAAUACCCCAUAAUGACAAAGUGAAAACAUGUUUGUAGAAAUAUUUUGCACAUUUUAUAGGAAAUGAAAUGCAUGCAUUGAAUUUACAUAAGUAUUCACACCCCUGACUCAGUACUUUGUAGAAGCACCUUUGGCAGUGAUGACAGCUUAGUCUUUCUGGGUAUGUUUGUAAGAGCUUUCCACACCUGGAUUGUGUAACAUUUGCCCAUUGUUGUUAAAAAAAUCCUCCAAGCUCUGUCAAAUUGCUAGACAACCAUUUUCAGGUCUUGCCAUAGAUUUAUGUCAAAACUGUAACUCGGCCACUCAAACAUUCACUGUCGUCUUGGUAAGCAACAGUGUAGAUUUGGCCUUAUGUUUUAGAUUAUUGUCCUGCUGAAAGGUGAAUUCAUCUCCCAGUGUCUGGUGGAAAGCAGACUGAACUAGGUUUUCCGCUAGGAUUUUGCCUCUGCUUAGUCAUCAACACUAAGAAACAGAACGGAACUAUCUGAAAAACUCCCCAGUCCUUAACGAUUACAAACAUACCCAUAACACGAUGCUGCCACCACUAUACUUGAACAUUUGGAGAGUGGUACUCAGUAAUGUGUUGUAUUGGAUUUGCCCCAAACAUAACACUUUUUUUCAGGACUUUGUUGCAAACAGGAUGCACGUUUCGGAAUAAUUUAAUUUUGCACAGGCUUCCUUCUUUACAUUCUGUCAAUUUAGGUUAGUAUUGUGGAGUAACUACAAUGUUGUUGAUUUAUCCUCAGUUUUCUCCCACUACAUCCAUUAAAUUCUGAAACUGUUUUAAAGUCACCAUUGACCUCAUGUUAAAAUCCCUGAGCGGUUUCCUUCCUCUCCGGAGUUAGGAAAGACGCCUGUAUUUUUGUAGUGACUGGGUGUAUUAAUACACCAUCUAAAGUGUAAUUAAUAACGUUGCCUUGCUCAAAGGGAUAUCCAAUGUUUUUUUAUUACUUUUACCCAUCUACCAAAAGGUGCCCUACUUUGCGAGGCGUUGGUAAACCUUCCUGGUCUUUGUUUGAAAUUCACUGCUCGACUGAGACAAUUAUCUGUAAGGUAUGUGUGGGGGUACAGAGAUGAGGUAGUCAUUCAAAAAUCAUGUUAAACACUAUUGCACACCUAGUGAAUCCAUGCAAUUUAUUAUGUGAAUUAUUAAGCAGAUGUUUACUCCUAAAUGUAUUUAGGCUUGCCAAAACAUAAGGGAUUGAAUACUUAUUGACUCAAGAUAUUUCAGCUUUUCAUUUUUUAUUAUUUAAAAAUUUCUACAAACAUAAUUCCACUUUGGAAUUAUGGGGUAUUGUGUGUGUGUGUAGGCCAGUGACCAAAAAAAUCUCAAUUUUAAAUGUAGGUUGUAACAACAAAAUGUGGAAAAAGUCUAGGGGUGUGAAUUAUUAAGGCACUGUAUGUAGUGCCAAAAAUACCUAUAGUAAGUGGCAACAUUUUAAAAUGAAUAACAAAGUCCCCCAAAAAUAAUUUAAACACAAACACUUUGUUUUUGGUGACUAUUUGUUGACUGCAGACAAUUUUGGCCAGUUUCCCAGACAGAUUAAACUUAAUCCAGGCUGUAUCUCAACCGGCCGUGAUUGUGUGCACAAUUGUCCCAGCGUCGUCUGGGUUUGGCCGGUGUAGGCCGUCAUUGUAAAUAAGAAUUCGUUCUUAACUGACUUGCCUAGUUAAAUAAAGGUUAAGUCGUUUUUUUUAAAAUCCUGGACUAAAAUUAUUUUUAAUAGAGAUUCUUAAUCUGUCCUGGAAACCACUGCCUUGUUUUUUUGUUAAAUAGCCGAUUGGGACAGCAAAUUGUUGUCGCUCUACGUACAAUGCAGUACAGUAUGUUUUUCACGAUCAGAUUCGAUAAUGAUUUACAUAACUGCAGCUGCUAUACUAGAACAUGGAUUUAAUCAGCAGGACACUGGUAUUGGCAUGUAUUGCAUACAAUGUCACUGUAGUAUUAUUGAUUCAUACAUUUGUUGAUUCUAAAGUUACAGAUUUCAGUUGUUACAUAAUGGUAGUGGUUGUCACCCAAGUUAACAUUUUCCUAGAAAUGCCUCUGAGGAAUGUUUUUCUCUCAAAUCAAUGGAAGAAGCUGUCACAGCAGUCCACUUUGCAUUGGGUUUGGGCUCUCCCACCUUUGCCUAGCCCAUAAGCCUUUAUGUUGGAUGGACAAUGUGAAAUGCAGUAGCAGUAAUGUAUACAGUCUGGUAGAACUUUUCCUGUUAGUCUCAGGUAAACCAGAACAGUAGGGGACAGAGGUAGGAAAGGAAGGAUGCAAGUAAGAAUGUAUGCUUAUGAAUAGGUGGACUGAAUAAGUGCUCAUGAUAACUACUAAAAGUCUAGUUAUUGCAAUUUCAAAACAAUAAUACACACAGGCAUGAAGGUUGUAAGGCUGGAGUGUGGGCCCAACCUUGCUGUUUGGUCUGGUCUUCUAUGAGGUGUACAGGUAGGCAACCUCUCCACUGGCCGGUCCCUACACCCUGGCUUCUGGUGGGGAACAUGCUACUGAACAAACCUGCACCAACAUUUGCUGAAGCAGUGGUGUGAAGUAACUAAGUAAAAAUGCUUUGAAGUACGACUUUAGUAGUUUUUUGGGGGUAUCUGUACUUUACUAUUUGUAUUUUUAACAACUUAUUCUACUACAUCCGUAAAGAAAACAGACUUUUUACCCCCAUUUUCCCCGACACACAAAAGCUAAUGCUUUGGAAGGACAGCAAUAUUGUCCAAUUCACACACCUUGUCAAUAUAAUGAGAUGUCAUGCCUCUGAUCUGGUGGACUCACUAAACACAAAUACUGUUUGUACAUGAUGUUUGAAUAAUGGAGUAUGCCCUGGCUGUCUGUAAAUAAAUACAAUUUAAAAAAUG